GUCCAGAACUUUGUCCAGUAAGGACAGUCGUUUUCUCCAGGAAUUAGUGUAAUUCAAGUCCGUUCGAAAUUAGCAGAUUGAUGGUGCAAGGGACGCUGGAAGACGCGGCACCGGGGGCAGCCAAUCUCCUCCACACCAGCUUCCCCCGCCAAUGCAUGGCUUGAGCCAAGGACGACCUCAGAAUGGUGCUCCCCAGCCACCUCAGCUCCCGACCUUGCCACCGCCCCCGAUCCCGAAACAGACUCCCAAGCAGUUCAGUCGACCUUCACAGCCCCAUGGGCAUCCAACAAACCCGCAGUACCUGGACCACCCACCCACGGAGAUGGCGCCAGCAGUACCGGGGUACACAGGGGGAAGUGCUGGCAUUGGGGGACACCCGAAGCCAGGUGCAGAACGGGUGCCUCGAGAGGACGGAGGAAUGGUGGAGCUGACCCCGCUCUACCGUAGCAUAUUCGACCGGCCUUACUUCCACAUCAUAUCUCGUAACAAAUCCAGGGAAAUGCUUGAGAAAGCUGAAGAUGGUGUAUUCCUCAUUCGGCCUUCAACACGUUCCAGUGAUCCUCUCACCCUUUGUCUCCGGUACAGGAGCCGUACUUAUAAUAUAAACAUUCGAUGUCGCCCUGACGGGCUUUUUGCUCUUGGUUCUGAAAAAACUAAUGAGAUGACAUUCUCUUCAAUAGAUGACAUAGUAUCAACAUACACCCGUGAACCAAUAAAGCUGCAGAGCGGCGAUCGAGCCAUGCUCACUGUUCCACCGCCGAAGUCUGACCAUAUAUAUGUAAAAAUGCCUCUGCCAAAAGUAUUAGGUUGUCAGGAAGUAAAAAUGCCCAUGUGAGCUGACAACUUUAUUCAGUAAAAUAUUGAAUAUCUGUCAAUCUUGUACAGAAGUAUAUGUUUAAGGUGAGGGAUCGAGAUUCGGACAGUGUAGAAUACCAGUAACUGGGUAGUAUAUAUUUGUAUUUUUUAUAUUUGUAUACUCAUAAUUGCUUUGAAAUAUGAUCAUUUUUAUUUUGUCUCUUUGCUUUAUGUUGCUUCUCUGUAUUACCUUUUACCAAUGUGCAGAAAUUGCUUUUACUAAUUAUAUUUGGUGAUUAUCUACCCUUGUGUA